GUGAAGUCAUAGCCGGCGGCUUUCCCGGGAGUUCGGCGUUUGUUGUGAGUGCCGCCGCUGAACAAGUGUUUCCCUGGAAGUGGCGGUCUCCCUCCCUCUCCCGAGCUCCGCCUUCCCUCCGGUGCCGAGGACCCGGAGGAGUGUAGAGGACCUCGAGAGUCCAGAGUCCGCGCGUGAGGAAGGCGAGGCCCGAAAACGCGUGGCCCCGAGGGCAGAGUAGGGGACUGGCGGGGGCAGCUCCCGGGGUAUCUGUGCAAUUGGGUCAGCCUGGCUGCUUCCGUCAGCUUCGUCCCCGAAAGCUUCCCCCGUUCUCCCGGGCGGACAGCUGGGCUUCCUGGAGAUUGGGGCUUUUCUGCGUCCCUCCCCAACACCCCACCGCUUGCCUUGAAGGGAGACCGCGCCCCCCCCACGACCCCGCAUAUAGGCGACUGACUAGGCUGCCGACUCCCUCCCUGAAGUGACCCACCAUGGCCUUAGUGUGAGCGAGUGACCGACCUGUGGCACUUUUCCGGAGUCCAGGGUGGUGUUUCCUAACUACUGACCCAGAGGCACUUGCUGCCAUUAUGGGAAAUCAGCUCGCUGGCAUUGCUCCUUCCCAGAUCCUUUCUGUGGAGAGUUAUUUCUCAGAUAUCCAUGACUUUGAAUAUGAUAAGAGCCUGGGGAGUACUCGUUUUUUUAAAGUUGCUAGAGCGAAGCACCGAGAAGGCCUGGUGGUUGUGAAGGUCUUUGCAAUUCAGGAUCCCACAUUGCCUUUAACCAGCUAUAAACAAGAGCUGGAGGAACUGAAAAUCAGGCUUCAUUCUGCACAAAACUGCCUACCUUUCCAGAAAGCAGCCGAAAAAGCAUCUGAGAAAGCAGCCAUGCUCUUCAGGCAGUAUGUGCGAGACAAUCUCUAUGAUCGCAUAAGUACCCGUCCAUUCUUAAAUAACAUUGAAAAACGUUGGAUUGCUUUCCAGAUUCUGACAGCUGUGGACCAAGCACACAAAUCUGGAGUCCGUCAUGGGGACAUCAAGACGGAGAAUGUCAUGGUCACCAGUUGGAACUGGGUCCUCUUAACUGAUUUUGCCAGUUUUAAACCCACUUACCUUCCAGAAGACAACCCAGCAGAUUUCAAUUAUUUCUUUGACACGUCACGGAGGAGAACUUGUUAUAUUGCUCCCGAACGUUUUGUUGAUGGUGGGUUGUUUGCCACUGAGUUAGAAUAUAUGAGAGAUCCUUCAACUCCACUUGUAGACUUAAAUAGCAAUCAGAGAACAAGAGGAGAGCUGAAGCGAGCAAUGGACAUCUUUUCGGCAGGUUGCGUGAUAGCUGAGCUUUUUACAGAAGGUGUACCAUUAUUUGAUCUCUCACAACUUUUGGCUUAUAGAAAUGGACAGUUUUUCCCUGAACAAGUGCUAAAUAAAAUUGAAGAUCGCAGUAUCAGAGAUUUGGUAACUCAGAUGAUUCACCGUGAGCCAGAUAAACGAUUAGAAGCAGAAGAUUACUUAAAGCAGCAGCGUGGCAAUGCCUUUCCUGAAAUAUUUUACACUUUCCUUCAGCCCUACAUGGCCCAGUUUGCCAAGGAAACAUUUCUUUCUGCAGAUGAGCGUAUUCUGGUUAUACGGAAGGAUUUGGGCAACAUUAUUCACAAUCUCUGUGGACAUGAUCUGCCGGAAAAAGCUGAAGGAGAGCCUAAGGAAAAUGGGCUGGUUAUCUUGGUGUCUGUUAUAACCUCCUGUCUACAGACCCUUAAAUACUGUGAUUCCAAACUUGCUGCUUUGGAACUUAUUCUCCAUUUGGCUCCACGAUUAAGUGUAGAAAUUCUUUUGGAUCGUAUUACUCCAUAUCUUUUGCACUUCAGCAAUGACUCUGUUCCUAGAGUGAGGGCUGAAGCCUUGAGGACAUUGACCAAAGUUCUAGCUCUUGUCAAAGAGGUUCCUCGCAAUGAUAUCAAUAUCUAUCCGGAAUAUAUUCUUCCGGGCAUAGCUCACUUGGCCCAAGAUGAUGCUACUAUUGUCAGACUAGCCUAUGCUGAGCUCCAAGCCUUGCAUGAAAUGGUCCAGCAGAAAGUUGUCACUUUGCUAAGUGACCCUGAAAAUAUUGUGAAACAAACCUUAAUGGAAAAUGGAAUAACUCGGCUGUGUGUAUUUUUUGGACGUCAAAAAGCCAAUGAUGUUUUAUUGUCCCACAUGAUUACUUUCCUGAAUGAUAAGAAUGAUUGGCAUCUGCGUGGAGCUUUUUUUGACAGUAUAGUUGGUGUUGCUGCCUAUGUUGGCUGGCAGAGCUCCUCAAUUCUCAAACCCCUGCUGCAACAAGGUCUUAGUGAUGCUGAGGAAUUUGUUAUUGUGAAAGCUCUUAAUGCCCUUACCUGUAUGUGCCAGUUAGGGCUGCUACAAAAACCCCAUGUCUACGAAUUUGCCAGUGAUAUUGCCCCAUUUCUGUGUCAUCCCAAUCUAUGGAUACGCUAUGGUGCUGUGGGAUUUAUCACAGUGGUAGCUCAUCAGAUAAACACAGCUGAUGUGUAUUGUAAACUGAUGCCUUACCUUGACCCAUAUAUUACUCAACCAAUAAUACAGAUUGAAAGAAAACUUGUUUUACUCAGUGUUUUAAAAGAGCCAGUAAGUCGUUCUAUAUUUGAUUAUGCUUUGAGGUCUAAAGAUAUUACUAGCUUGUUCAGACAUCUUCACAUGCGUCAGAAAAAACGGAAUGGGUCUCUUCCUGAUUGCCCUCCACCUGAGGAUCCUGCCAUAGCACAGCUUCUGAAGAAAUUGCUCUCACAGAGGCUUCCUUCAGUCUAUUCUGAAUCUCUUUUUGUAGCUAGAAAACAUGUGAAACAAGACUCCAAUGUAAAUGAAGAAUGGAAAAGCAUGUUUGGGUCACUGGAACCACCGGCCAUCCCGCAGGCCCUACCGAAAGGGAGUGACCAGGAGGUGAUUCAGACUGGGAAGCCUUCUCGUUCCGAGUCCUCUGCUGGCAUUUGUGUCCCCUUGUCAACUUCUCCGCAGGUUCCAGAAGUGACACAUGCCCAAAGUAGAAAACCAACAAUACAGGUUUUAAGUAGUACAAUUUUACCGUCCACCUACCAGAUUCGGAUCACGACUUGUAAAACUGAGCUUCAGCAACUCAUACAACAAAAGCGGGAGCAGUGCAAUGCUGAGAGAAUAGCUAAGCAGAUGAUGGAAAACGCAGAGUGGGAGAGUAAACCACCACCGCCUGGGUGGCGUCCUAAAGGGCUACUAGUUGCACAUCUUCAUGAACAUAAAUCUGCUGUGAAUCGAAUUAGAGUCUCUGAUGAACACUCACUUUUUGCAACAUGUUCAAAUGAUGGUACAGUAAAAAUCUGGAACAGUCAAAAGAUGGAGGGGAAGACCACUACCACCAGAUCUAUUCUUACAUAUAGCCGAAUUGGAGGACAUGUCAAGACUCUCACCUUCUGCCAGGGUUCCCACUACUUGGCUAUAGCGUCUGAUAAUGGUGCUGUCCAGCUUCUUGGAAUCGAGGCUUCUAAGUUGCCUAAGUCUCCUAAAAUUCAUCCUCUACAAAGCAGGAUUCUAGACCCCAAGGAGGAUGGCUGUGUUGUGGAUAUGCAUCACUUCAACUCUGGGGCGCAGUCCGUUCUGGCCUAUGCCACUGUGAAUGGCUCUCUGGUUGGCUGGGACCUCAGGUCUUCAAGCAACGCGUGGACGUUAAAGCACGAUCUGAAGUCAGGCCUCAUAACUUCCUUUGCUGUGGACAUCCACCAGUGCUGGCUUUGCAUUGGUACAAGCAGUGGUACCAUGGCUUGUUGGGACAUGAGGUUCCAGUUGCCAAUUUCCAGUCACUGCCAUCCUUCCAGGGCCCGGAUCAGACGCCUCUCAAUGCACCCCCGUCAUCAGUCCUGGGUGAUUGCAGCCGUUCAGGGCAACAAUGAAGUGUCGAUGUGGGACAUGGAGACAGGCGACAGAAGAUUCACUCUCUGGGCCAGUAGUGCACCACCACUUUCUGAGUUACAGCCUUCUCCUCACAGUGUUCAUGGUAUCUACUGUAGUCCUGCAGAUGGAAAUCCUAUUCUGCUGACAGCUGGUUCAGACAUGAAAAUAAGGUUUUGGGACUUGGCUUACCCAGAGAGGUCCUAUGUUGUUGCAGGAAGUACUAGUUCUCCAUCAGUGUCCUACUACAGGAAAAUAAUUGAAGGCACCGAAGUCGUCCAGGAAAUUCAGAAUAAGCAGAAGGUAGGACCUAGUGAUGACACCCCUCGGAGGGGCCCAGAGUCUCUGCCUGUGGGACAUCAUGAUAUCAUCACAGAUGUUGCCACGUUCCAGACAACACAGGGCUUCAUUGUAACUGCUUCUAGAGAUGGGAUUGUUAAGGUAUGGAAAUGAAAACUUAGUCGUUUGUAUAAUUUGUAUAAAUAUAUUGUAGCUUAAGAGAAAAGUUGUAUUUAGAGAAAAGUGAGAAUCAAUUCCUUUGCUUAAUUUUCAAAAUCAUGUCUAUAUUGCAUUAAUGUUUCAUGAAAAAAUAAUUCCCACCCAAGGUGGUUAAAGAAGUUGUACUUGACCAGUACAUUUGUGCAUACCUCUGUGAGAAUCAGCCAGAUAGUAUCUGGGACGUUUUAUUGUAUGUCACAGAGGUGAGGAAUCUAAAAUGCUAAGACUUACACGACCUCAGUGUAAUUUAUAUUGAAAAAAGAUGGUUGUAAGCUAUUAUAAUGUAAACACAUUUUUGCUAUUAAAAAUGCUAUUAAAGCAGCCAAUAAAAUGUAUUCAAGCAUCUUAAGCAUUUUCA